AUGAAAAACGAAAUACUUCAGAGCCAAGUUCAGAAAAAAAGAAAGAUCUUUAUAGUUAAAGAAAAGCAAUUCAGAAAGAAGAGUAAAACUAUUACAAGUCCUACACACAAUAGAGCUCGUCGCAAUACAGAACCAGUACUUUCUGAGUUAGGAAAGAUAAAAAGGUAAAUCAGAUUAACCCAAGAAAACUCGAUGCGUAAUUAGGUUCCACCCUAUCCUUCAUAAAUAAUGCGCUAGAGAGCAACAUCAAUCCCUUCUUCAUACUAGCAGUAUCAGCCAAACUACCAACACAGUGGUUCAUUUGAUUAAAUUAACUCAAUGCACUAUCCUCAUAACCCAAUUUACUCUCCUCACCACUAAUAAUAGUAAGCUCCUUAAACCAGCCAAUCAAAUAACAACAAUAACAUCAGCUAUCCAAAUCAUUUAUUAAAUCAAAAUUCUUCUAGUAGCAGCAGUACUCACCUCACUAGCAGCUCUCUUACCUCCCCUACAUAGAGUGGAGUUCCUGUUUACAAUCCUGCAAACUAAAGAAAUAGCUAACAACCUCCCUAUCCUUAUAUAAAUCCUCAGACUUAAACAAUUAAUGGAAACAGUAAGAAUUUUGUAAAUUCUUCUACUAACUCAUACUAAAAUAAUGUAAAAUAACAAAGUUUUCAAUAAAAUCCCCAAAUUCAAUAUGAAAAUAACGCAACCAAGAACCAAAACAACCAUACUUCACCUUAUAUUAAGUAAAAUAAUAGCUGUGCUAACAGCAUGAGUAGCAGUACAAAUGCUCCAUACUCUAAUUCAUCUCAGCAAGAUUGUGAUAAUUCUAUUUACCAUGAAAAAGUACCAGCUUACAAUAGUUCUGCACCCAUGAUUCAGAAAUCAAAUUCUUGGUGCGCUGUUGACCAACGCUGUCCCGAUUAAUGCAACAUUUACAAUGAACCUCCAACUUUCUAACAUGCUCAGUCAACUAUUGUACCACCUUACACAAGCCAUAAUGAUUAAUAUAAUGCCAAGUAUAGUUCUCAAUAUAACCCUCCUUCAUCCAACUAAUACAACUAUCAUGCAGCAUAUAAAGCUAAUAUAUACUCAAAAGGAUCUCUAUACAAUAAUAACCAGUAUAACAAUGGCUACAGUUAUCCAAAUAACGAAAACUAAUAAAUUCAGAAUACUCCUUCUACCAUAGCUUCUAGAACUAGCUAAUCACCUCAUAAUGCUGGCGUGAUUGAUAGCUUUGAACACGGAUAGAAUCUUUAUCAUUAAGAUAACAUAGAGCAAGGACUAUAAGAUUUCUUCAUUGAUACUAAACUUGCUAAUGAUUAAGAAAAUGAAGAUAUUUAUGCAAAUUCUCACAAUAUCCCUAUUAAUAACAACAAUCUUGUCAAUAACAAUUAUAUGGAUGAUUUAUUUGAUAAUAAAAACUGCUUUGAUGAUGAUAACGAUAUAAAUAACUGCAUGAAUUAAUUUAAUUCUAGCACUAACUAACAAUACAACAUGCUUAGCAGCAAUUUCGGAGACUAUAAUGCUUAUCCUGAAUACUCAUGA